AUGAACAACGCAGAUGUCCAGCAGCUGAUUGGUCAUCCUAAAAAACCUCCGCCUCAGCUGCAGGCGGGGAGCUCUACUUUGAAGCAGGAAGCUUCCCAGCCCCCCCACUUUAAAGAGGAAGAGGAGGAACUCUGGAUCACUCAGGAGGAAGAGUACGUCCAGCAGCUGAUUGGUCAUCCUGAAGGACUUCCGCCGCAGCUGCAGGGAGGAAGUUCCACUUUGAAGCAGGAGACUCCACAGCUACUUCACAUUAAAAAGGAAGAGGAGGAACUCUGCAUCACUCAGGAGGGAGAGUGUCUUCAGUGGUCAGAGGAAGGUGAUACCACCAAGUUGCCACUGACUGUUGUCUUUGUGAAGACUGAGGAUGAUGAAGAGAAACCACAAGUGGACAACUUCUUAGCUUCACUAUCAGAUAGUGAGGCUGAAGACGAGGUUGAAGUAACUUUGAGUAGCGAUACAGACUGUGAAGGUGAUAUGAGGACUCACACUGACAACAAACACGCCGACUGCUUUAAAAAGAAGAAAUGUAAAACAACUUUGAGCUGUUUAGUUUCUGGUACAAAAUGUUCUAAAAAGAGCAGUUUGACUGAAGACAUGAGAACACACACAGGAGAAAAAACUUUUGAUUGUUCAGAUUGUGGUAAAAGCUUUUGUCACAAGAGCAGUCUGACAGAACAUCUGAGAACACACACGGGAGAAAGACCAUUUAAUUGUUCAGUCUGCGGUAAAAGCUUUUCACACAAGAGCAGUUUGACUCAACACAUGAGAACACACACAGGUGAAAAACCAUAUAAGUGUACGGUUUGCGGUAAGGGCUUUUCUAAAAACAGCACUUUGACUCAACACAUGAGAACGCACACAGGAGAAAGACCGUUUUAUUGUUCACUUUGUGGUAAAAGCUUUUCUCACAAGAGUGGGUUGACUCAACACAUCAGAUCACACGCAGGAGAAAAACAACGCAUUUGUCCAGUUUGCGGCAAAAGCGUUUCUCUAAAUAGUAGUUUGGCUAAACACAUGAGAACGCACACAGGUGAAAGACCAUUUGAUUGCUCAGUAUGUGGUAAAAGCUUUACCCAACGGUGCCAUUUGACUCAACAUAUGAGUACCCACACAGGAGAAAAACAAUUCAAUUGUUUAGUUUGUGGUAAAAACUUUUCACAAAAUAGCAGUUUGACUCAACAUAUGAGAACACACACAGGAGAAAGACCUUUUGAUUGUUCAGUUUGUGGUAACAACUUUUCUCACAAGAGCAGUUUGACUCAACAUAUGAGAACACACACAGGAGAAAAACUAUUUAUUUGUUCAGUUUGCAGUAAAAGCUUUUCUCAGAAGAGAGUAUUGCAUGUACACAUGAGAACACACACAGGAGAAAGACCAUUUAAUUGUUCAGUUUGCUGUAAAAGCUUUUCUCACAGUGGAAAUUUGACUCAACACAUGAGAACACACACUGGAGAAAAACCCUUCACUUGCUCAUUUUGUAGAAAAAGCUUUUCCAACAAACUCAACUUGACUCGACACAAAAUGAAACACGUGGGUUAAAAAUAACACACAUCUGUUUGCAGUAUGCGUUAUUCUCAAGGUAGCAUGACAUGUUGUAAAUGUACUCCUCCAAUUCAUAGCGAACGCUUUUUAUCGACACAUUUUGACUGAACACAUUUGUCAUACACCCUGGAGAAAACCCUUUCAGUCGUUAAUUUCGCCGUCAAAGACAUUCUUGAUGAAAUGUCCAAUGAGAACAUACACAGGAGAAAACAUGUUGAAAUACUUAGUUUGUCGCCCAGAAGACAGAUAAGACACAUAAAAACAUACUCAGAGAAAAACCAUUUAUUUGCUUAGUUUGUGAUAAAACAUUUGAACAGAGACUAGGUUCUAGAUCAGGGGUCACCAACCUUUUUGAAACCAAGAGCUACUUCUUGGGUACUGAUUAAUGCGAAGGGCUACCAGUUUGAUACACACUUAAAUAAAUUGCCAGAAAUAGCCAAUUUGCUAAAUUUACCUUUAACUCUGUUAUUAUUAAUAAUUAAUGAUAUUUAUCUUUGUGGAAACACUGAUCAUCUUAAUGAUUUCUCACAAUAAAUAUAUAUAGAAACAGAUAAAUAUCAAUAUGCAACACUUUAUUUAUAUUUUCUCUAAGUGCACAUUUUUCAAAUUGAACAUUUUCAAAUGAUCACUUCUAAGACAGUCUUGUGAAAUCACAAUAUCCCAUUUUAACUAGCUAGCCACUAACAUUUUUUAACAAAUCAUGAAUUACUUUGCACCAUGUUUGUACAAAUAAUAACUCAUGUAAAAUACAAAAGUCAACUCUCAAAUUUUUAAAUAAAUCAUGUCACACUUUAAACUGGACACCAAACCAAACCAAAUCUGUUUCUUUGUCAGUUAGUGAAGACCAAGUCUUUAAAAUAUUUUCUUGGAUUUUCAAAUUCUAUUUGAGUUUUGUCUCUCUUAAAAUUAAAAAUGUCGAGCAAAGCAAGACCAGCUUGUUAGUAAAUAAAUACAAUUUAAAAAAUAGAGGCAGCUCACUGGUAAGUGAUGCUAUUUGAGCUAUUUUUAGAACAGGCCAGCGGGCUACUCAUCUGGUCCUUACGGGCGACCUGGUGCCCGCGGGCACCGCGUUGGUGACCCCUGUUCUAGAUCCUCUUUUGUUCCAAAGUAGUCGUGGUCUCUCUGCCAUGAUUAGUGGCAGCAAACACACAACUCUCUCGAUGCUGUUGUUGAUGAAAGUAGCGUGAGAUUGCAUCAAUGCGCCCAGAUACUAAAUUGCUGAUAGAGGACUUAAAAUAACUGAAAUAGUGUAUUUAUAACAUGUUAUAAUUUUGUCUGUCACUAAUUGUGUAUAAAAUGUUGUUUGUGUUUUGUAGAUAUUUUAAAAUGCUUAUUGGUGGCAUAGUUGACUCCCCAUUACCCUCAUGCUCGGUUUUCAAGCAACGAGUAUCGCCACCCUCGCCCGUCCCCUCUCGCUAUUUGUGUGGAAGAGAGUCCAGCCCCUCUCGAGAGGACCGGUUCCAGACCCCUUGCUGUGCGUUGAAUUAGGUUUGACUAGAUUCAGCCGGAACUUCUCCACCUGGCACUCAAGCUCCUUACCCCCCAGCGAGUUGACGUUCCACGUCCCAAGAGCUAGCUUCUGUGGUCCAGGAUCAGACCUCCGAGGACCCUGCCUUUUGAGUAGUGAGCCCAUUGGAGGGGGGGACCCUCGUUUCCUCUUCAUGGGGCCAGGCGCUUGCCAUUGAGCCUUACUUCUAAGCCUGGCUCCACAAGGGGGCCCGGGUGACCCGCUUUUGGGCGGGAAAAACUGUCUUUCUCGUAAAUGACUUUGAGUUGCUCUUUUUCUGGUCCCUCACCUAAGACAUGUGACAUGCACACUCCCCUACAACCAUCAGGUGGCAGAACAGAGAGCUUUUUCAUUCAAAAAUGUGUUCUGUAAAAACUAAUGUAAUGUGUUCCAAUAGGAAAAAUGCACAUUAAAAGUUAUAA